UCAAAAAUAAUGGAAGGGUGCAGUUCAAUGGAAAAUAAUUGUGCGAGGAAAUCCCAAGUUUCCAAUAGUUUUGGAAAAGUUGAUGAAAAAAGUGGAAUUCAAGAGAAUAAAGCAUCAGCUGAAAACUUUUCUGGAUUCUGUGAAAGUGCAGGAGCUUCCAUAGAAGAUGACGAUGCAUUGAUUGGACUAAUGAAUCUUGAACCUUUAAGCUUUAAGCUUUUAUCAGAGGCAGAAGGAAGAUUAAACGAUAUCGCCUAUUCAAGGAUUAAUAACCUGCCGCUGAGAAUUCGUCAUGAUGAUUGUAAAGUGAAGCUGAUUAAUGCUGUGAAGGACUACCCCUGCCUGUACGACAGAAUGGAUGAGAAUUUUGAGAAAAACUCCCAAAUGGAGAGUAAAUGUUGGGCUGCUGUUGCAGAAAAAAUUGGCUGCUAUCAUUCACGCGGAUACAGCAAAUUUUUUAAAUCUCUGCUGAAUGAUUUCAGUAUUGUUUAUGUGAUUCUACGGGAUAAGGAGCUCCUUAAGAUUGGUGUUCACUAUCAUCAUAGAGUUUUCAUUUACUACGACCACAUGCUUUUCUUCAGGAAUCAAAUAGACAUCCCACAUGUGCGACUCAACCAAGUGCAAGAAGUUGUCCACAGACUUUUUCGAAGAGAUGAUCUGUUGCAGCAGUCACGUAGUGAGAAAAUUAAAAUAUUAAUUGAAGAAACUCGCGCCACGGAUUUAAUUAACAAAACCACAUUGCACGACAUUAUUCAAAAUGUGAGAAUUAACAAAUUACCAUGCAGUACGCAUGCAAAAGAUAAAAAUCUACAGCUCAUUGAAGCUGUGCGGGAACAUCCUUGCCUAUAUGAUAAAACUCAGUAUUGGUAUGGCAAUAGUUGGUGCAUUCAACAAGCAUGGAAUGAAAUUAAAGCUAAAACCAACAUAGAGAAUUGUGAAGAAAAUUUCCUGAUUCUUUUUGAGAAUUUUGCAAGAACUUUCCUAAUGUUGAGAGAUCCAAAUCACAUUGAAGAUGGGUCUUCAGUACCGUUCCUUUACUACGAGAAAAUGCUCUUUAUGAAGGACGAAGUUAAUUUUAGGCAUGUAAAAAUGUACAAUGACCCAUUGGAUCCAUGGAUGGAAUUGGAUUACCACGAGAUGGUUGUUCAAGAAAUCAAGUCAUUUACAGAGAAAGAAGAUGGGAAUGAUAACGAAAAAAGUCAGGAUCAAGAAAAUACAACGUUAAUUGAAGAAUUUUCUGAACAUCCUGAAGAGAAAAUUAUUCCCAUUGAGAACAUAGAGGAUAAUCAUGACCACGAUAUUUUAGUGGGAUCAAAUAUGCUAUCAGAAGAAGAAGGUAACAUGGAAGAUGUUGCAUAUUCAAGGAUUAAUGGUCUGCCGCUGAGAAUUUCUUCUGAUGAGUUUGAAGUGAUGCUGAUUAAUGCUGUGAAGGAGUACCCCUGUCGGUACGACAGAAUGGAUGAGAAUUUUGAGAAAAACCUGCAAAUGGAGAAUCAAUGUUGGGCUGCUGUUGCAGAAAAACUCAAUAAUCGUCAUACUGCCCUUAGAUGCCGACAAUUGUUUAAAAAACUUUUCACAAAAUUUUCAAUUACCUACAUAAUUCUGCGAGAUAGGGAACUACGGGAGAUGGGACUACAUCGUAGUCAUAGAGUUUUCAUCUACUACGACCACAUGCUUUUCUUCAGGAAUCAAAUAGACAUCCCACAGGUGCGACAGAAUCAAGUACAAACCAUUGUUAACAGAUUCUUUCGAAAAAAGUAUCGGCGAGAAAGAAAGGAAAUUGAUAGAAGAGAAGUUAGAAAUAGGGAAUUAAUUGAUCAAACGAGCAAUCUUGAUCUUGAGUAUGUGAGAGAUAAUCACUUGCCACACAAUAUUCAUCCUGCUGAUGGUAAUAUGAGGCUAAUUGAGGCUGUUAAGGCACAGCCAUGCCUAUAUGAUAGAGCCCAUUGCCACUACAAGGAUACCAAACACAUUCAACAAGCAUGGAAGGAAAUUGAAGAAAAAACCAAUAUUAAGAAUGCUGAAAAGAAAUUCCUAAAUCUCUUUCAUCAAUUUGCAAGAACAUUCGUAAUGUUGCGAGAUCCAAAACUCGUUAAAGAGGGACUACCCAUAGCAUUCUUCUACUACGAAAAGAUGCUUUUCUUGAAGUACGAAAUUGAUUUGGGGCACGUACAAAAGUACAGCAUCCCAUUGGAUUUGAAUCGCCAGAAAAAGGAUGUGGAGAAAUUUGAACGUCUUGUCGAUGGAAAUACACCUGUGUGGCAACAAGAACCCCACAAAUAUAGCUCAAGGCAGUGGGAUGAAUGUUCUGAGGUAUCAUUGGACUGUGAAAAUGAACGUCGAGCCUAUUUUCCUCUUCGGCUGAAGUGGGAAAGAAACAUUACAACUUCUCAACCACAUUCACCUUCAAGUUUUGAGGAAUCAACCAGGAAAGAAAGUCCUUCUAAAUUCAUCACAAACUCCAUCCACAAGGAAGAAGACCUGCAGUGGGGAAAUGUCCUUCAUCCACAGGAAGUGACUUCCUUCUUCUACCAACUCUCAGAAAAAGUAACAAAAUCCAAAAUUGGCUAUGAAACUUUUGCGGAAAUGAAGAAGGAAAUUGAGAAAGUUGUUGAACGCAGAAUUUCCAAAUAAUUCUUUUUAUUGUUUCAGUUAAUUUCAUUUCUUUGACAUUAAACAUUGAAGAAAAUAAAGAAAUUCAAAAAGGAA